GCUCCUUUCAGUCAGACUCUCUCGAAGCGCGUCGGUAGUCGGAUGUGGAAACCGGUCUAUCAGUAAGGUGGUGUUCCGUGGCGUGGAUUAAUCUUUCCUGCAGCCGGCGGUAUAGCAGCAAGCAGGCAAUAAAAAAAUCUUUCUCAGAUUGUGCGGAGGCGUUACUGCAGUUUAUCGAUAGUUACAAAGUGUUGUUACAAAAAGAAGAACUACUUAGCUGCUAACAAUUAGAGUAAAGUCAAUUUGAGUGGUAAAUCGGAAUAAUUCCUGGAACAACGCAGCCAUGAGUGAUCAAGCGGUACCCGCCAAGGGGAGUGUCUUGGGAUCACUGGUCCCGGCACGGUAUAUCCUCGCGGUACUCGGUUCCAUCGCUAUGGCCAUCAUCUACGGGUUGAAGGUGAACCUGAGCGUGGCGAUGGUUGCCAUGUUGAACCACUCGGCCCUGGCCCACAACGCGCCGGUCCACGCGGUGGCCGAAUCGCACAUCGCCGAACCGGUCUGCCAUGGAGGCAACUCGACCGAAGCGGUAGAGGACGGCCCAUUCACCUGGAGCGAACCGCUGCAGGGAACCAUCCUAAGCUGCUACUUCUGGGGCUACUUUGUGUCGCAGAUUCCCGGAGCUCGCAUCGCUGAAAGUUUCUCCGCCAAAUGGGUGAUGUUCUUUUCGGUGUUUAUCAACGUCCUGUGUACCCUUCUGACCCCGGUUGCCGCAAAACUGCAUUGGGGUGUCAUGGUGGCCAUGCGUAUCGGAGAAGGUAUCGGAGGAGGUGUUACUUUCCCGGCGAUGCACGUCAUGCUGGCGUCCUGGGCUCCACCAAACGAGAGAUCGGUAAUGUCAGCGAUCGUGUAUGCAGGCACUGCUCUGGGUACGGUUAUUUCCAUGCUUAUGGCAGGUGCACUGGCUGGUAGCUUGGGCUGGGAAUCGGUGUUCUACGUGAUGGGAGGACUAAGCUGUCUGUGGAUUAUACUGUGGAUCUGGUUGGUUCAGGACAACCCCAACAAACUGGCUCUGAUUAGUCAAGAAGAGAGAACGUUUAUUACCUCAUCGCUGGGAUCGGAAGGUGACUCGGCUCACAGUGGACCGAAACCUGCUGUGCCAUGGAAGAAAGUUUUCACAUCAGGUCCUUUCUAUGGCAUUCUUAUUGCCCACGCCUGCAACAACUGGGGAUGGUACAUGCUGCUUAUCGAGCUUCCUUUCUACAUGAAGCAGGUGUUGCAGUUCAACAUCAAGGAAAACGCUGUCGUCACUGCUUUUCCAUUCUUAACCAUGUGGUUCUUUAGUAUGGCACUCAGUAAAACUUUGGAUGCCCUUCGUGCACGUGGAACCAUCAACACAACUAUUGCCCGUAAAAUAGCUACACUUAUUGCGUCGGUUGUUCCAAUGUGUUGCCUGCUGGCUCUCUGUUACAUUGGAUGCCAGCGUGGUUUGGCCGUCGCAUUGAUGAGUAUUGGUAUCACUUCUAUUGGAGGAAUGUUCUGCGGUUUCCUAUCUAACCAUAUCGACAUUGCACCAAACUACGCUGGAACAUUGAUGGCCAUCACCAACACGGUAGCGACGCUUCCUGGUAUAACCGUUCCCAUCUUCGUAGGACAGAUCACGCAUGGAAAUCAAACUAUCGAAGCCUGGCGAGUUAUAUUCUUCGUAACUAUCGGUCUCUACAUCAUAGAAAUUCUGGGCUAUAGCUUCCUAGGUUCCGGUGAGGAGCAACCGUGGAACAAAGAAAACAAAUCUGCGGACAACAGAGAGGUUGAAGCAACGCCACUAAAUACUAAGGAAUCGAAACUGAACUACACCAACCAGGCAGAGUAGACAGGUAGGAAGGUCAUUAGAGAUAGUGACAGCAAGUAUGUACUUACUGUCAGUUAAAAGCGAAAACAGAAUGCUUGGUUCUUAAUGGAGAUUUUAAUUUCGUCCUGCUGCUGCAGUAGUCACGAACCAUCAGAUUAGAAUUAUGUGUACUUCUUUUCUACAUAGGUACUUAUUAAUAGGAUACUUAAUAUAAUGUAGGUAAACAGAUUUAUAAUCGUCAACGUUUCAUUUGUUUUGGUUUUACCUCUCAAUCUCUCUAAAAAAACAAUACCGCCGAACACAAACAAACGCUGCAAUAUCGGAUGGCUGCUAAAGAGAACAGAUCUUUAGGAAUAUGACAAGUUUUCUCAUCGUUUACCACACAACAAAACUUAUGAACGAACAAAAGUCAAUCGCAAUCUGUACUUAUUCAGAAACAAUUUAGAUAGACUUUGCCGCGAAAUACACUGGAAGCAUCAAGCCUACGACAAUGGUUAUCAUCAGUAGUGUUUAGACGUUAAAGCAGAAAUGUGUUAAGGAUAAUCCAAAAUAUAAGAUACUAAAAACUGAAUAGAACGACAGGCUAACAUGCAAUCAAAGGAUUCUAUGGAAAGUACCUUUCAAAGUUAAGGUUUUACUUUUGUUUAUAAUUUUAACAAGACAGUUGUCACAUACAAAUACAAAACGAAGGUUUGAUUUAGCAAGGAAUUUUAAAAACUGCUUGCAUAAUAUCUAUGUGCAAGAAGCAUUAUAUUAUGAAAUUUUGUUUGUAGAGCUGAAGAAACAAACAUAAAAAUAUAUGAAUGUUAAAAAUAAAA